GCUCCGCUCCAAUAGCUGCCCGAUUUGGAACUCUUGUCCUCUUGCCUCAAGGCCGUGGUCUACGUUAGCUGCAUACAACGACGACCGGCAUCCUAUCUUCAGACGCUGAUACAAGAAGACGGUAUAUAAGUGAGAGAGAUCGAAGUUUCACGAAGGACGACGACACUGAGCACUUUCCCGAAAGCAUGAGUUCCUUCGUGCACCGCCGCACCACUACAGCCCGACUCAGGGAGAAUCCGAACACAACAUCUGGUUCAAGCUCCGGCGCCCGCAGGCCCAAGUCGACGGCCUCCGAUGCCGCAGUGGACGAUGCGCCUGCCCGCGUAGAACCGCACGCCCUUCGCAGGAAGAAGAGCGUCGCCCACCCUGCUGCGUCUGGCUCAGGCACACAGGCAGGCUCUGUGCGCCCUCAGCGUGGUCCAGCACCCAUCACCGAGCUCGGCGAGCACGGCCGCAAGUCGGGCCACCGUCCACUCUCACGCUCGUCCGAUGUCGAAGUGCAAGUGAUGCUGGAUCCGCCGCGCUCGCAGCGCAAGCAUGGCAAGUCCAAGCGGAAAGACCGAUCACAUUCGCGGGGCCCGUCGGACAGGCCCUCUGUCCGCUCCUUCAACCCGAAUGCACAGACGGCGGACGAUGCCGCUGAGCUGCGACAUUUGCAUGGGUCCGCCGGUAUAGAGGAGUAUUUGAAGUUGAAAGAAGAGCUAGAAACAAUGAAAAAGCAAGUGUCUUCCUUCAAGAAAAAUAUCGGGAAACAGUCCAAGAUUAUCGACGACCUCAAGAAGGAACUAGUGUCAGCUCAACAAUCUCAUCAAGAAGAACGAAAGCAAGUCAAGGAGCUGCAGUCCAGAUCGAAGAAGCACGAUGAGGCCAUUUCCACCAUUGAAGCGAACAUGAACUGCCAGAUUUGCAUGGAUAUGCUACUGAAGCCCUAUGGUCUGUCGCCGUGUGGUCAUGUGCUGUGCCUCAGUUGUCUCCAGAACUGGUUCCGUACUGCACCUAUUGCGGACGACGACAUGCACGAUGACGACCCCCAUGUGCUUUUGUUCCGCAAGAAGACAUGUCCUGUCUGCCGCACUGCCGUCCUCGGUCGUCCAAUCCCUGUGUUUCUCAUCAAAUCCAUCGCCGCUGCCCUGGAGAAAGUCAGAGACAAUGGGUCCUCAUCUCCGCGAUCUUCUCCGCUCCCUGAGGGCGACCCGUGGGCAGGAAUCUUCCCCGAACUCAUGUCUGCCGACGACAUGUGGGUGGAUGAUGAAGACGACUAUCUUGAUGACGACGCAGGCCAAGACUCCGAGGGCGAGGUAUUCGCGGACGCUUGGGGCUCAGACGACGGAGGGGACUGGCCUUUCGACGGGUACGGCACUGACGAAGACGAGGCUCCCUAUGAAGGCGAAUACCUCCCGGCGCGUUGGGCACCUCCUAUUCUCGACGUCCACUCGGACGAUUACCCGUUCGACGACAUCAACGACGAGAUGCUGUCUAUGCUCCGCCGGGGUGCAACUAUGCCGAUGAUUGAGAUUUUUGAGAUGAGCUACUCCCAUGACGAGGGCCUGCGGGCUAUCAUCGGCGACAACAUCGUCUUCCUCGGCUGGAACAUUGAUCUUCACCCCACUGACGAGACGGGUGAGGAGUACAUGGAGUGGGUGGGGGCCGAUGUGUACAACCACCCCGAGCGGUGGGACAAGGAGAGCAAUUUCGAUGGGACCUGGACGGCGUGGAAGCUCACUCGAGAAGACGAGGACGUGGAGUACCAGCCGACCGACUCUGACGAGUACGAGCCCUACGAAGACACCGUCGACGACUUGGACUAGGUGGGCUGCACAGCAUGAGAAGAUUCAGUCUAGAUAGAAGGACCCCUGUAUCACCACAUUCCGCGGAACUGCCACUAUGUACGUUAUGUGUUUGUAAGUCUCUGGACAAAUGUACUCUACUCAGCAUUCUAUCUACACGUCGCUACCCGGGAGCUAGUUCGAUCCUUAUCAUGACCUAGAGUCGGGUCCACACUACGCCCGGUCUCAUCAAGCACUUGGUGCACAAGCGUGGAGGGGAGUCGUAUCUGACAUGAUGCGGUGCGGACUUCCCAGACUUCAGAUCUUUGUCUUCACGGGCUGCU